ACCCAGUGGUGUGCCGAUGGCCAGGGUCCGGAAGGCUGUGCUAGCCCUUCCUUGGAGAGAAGAUAGGCGUCUCACCUUAACAGGGGUCCAGGCCGCCGAUGGGCCCAUCCUCUUGCCCAGCCUGCACCAGGGGCUCCUGUGCCCCACGCGGCACCUGUGCAGCCCCGCCCCUGCUCCAGCUCCCAAGUCAUCAAAGAAGCCCAAGAUGAAGGCAACCGAGGACAUGUUCCCCAGCGACUGGAGCCCACCGCCCGUGGACUUCCUGAACCUGAGGGCUGCGAAGGCCAACCAGCGGGCCCUGGCCCGGAGGCAGGCAGGUGCGCUGGGGCCUCCGGGGCUGAGGACACUGGCCCGCCAGCCGCCCAAGGAGGCAGAGCAGGAGCCUCGGGACUCGGACCCAGAGGGGAACCCGUCCUCACUGGGGGAGCUGUUCUGGAACGUGGCAUGCACCAGCCCAAAGGCUGCAGCCCUGGGGAUGAACACCCGCACCUCGUUCCCCUCUGGGGGCGCAGAGUGCUAUGUCAACAGCUUAGAUUACUUACUGUGGGAGAAGAGGGAACAGGCCCUGGAGCAGGAGCGAGAGGAGCUGCUUCUGCGGGACUGUCCUGACCUCAAUUCCUUGAAUCUCAGUGAUGAUGAGGCGCCUCUCACGCCCGAGUACAGGAAGCUGGUGGAGAGGUUCUCCACAUCACUGCAGGUCAUCCCGCCGGUACAUCCCGGCGAGGCUGUGUUUCUGCCCAGGAAUCAGCCCCUGCCUUGCAUCCUGGACUGUUCGCACCUGAAGCCACGCAGCCAUCUGGAAGAGCUGUUCCUCAGCUCCCCGCCGGCCCAGCAGCUCUCCUUCCUGCGCAGCGGCAUCCUGAGCAGCCUCUACCUGCACGCCGGCGAGUGCCCGGUGCCCCUGCUCCGGUGGCUGUUCCAGCUGCUGACAUGGCCUCCAGAAACGUCUUCAGGAGCCUUUGGUCUCCUGUGGGGCCUCAGCGUGGACGGGCUCCUCCGUCAGUCCGAUGAGGACGUGCGCUUGUGGUGCCCCUCGAUGCAAGAGGUCACAGAGGCGGUCCACAGCCUGGGAGCCCACGACCCCGCUCUGGCGCCCCCGGGGCCCUUUCCGCACAGUGGGAGUGUGCUUAAAAGUGUGGCCAGCCCACGCUGGAGUGAGCAGCAGGACACCCCCCGGGAGGCUGCUUUGGACAUUAGCCUGAGCUGCAUCUGUAAGUUCCUCACGCUGUGCGCCCUGGCCCAGCCGGGGGCCUACACCGACCGCCACCUCUUGGGCCUGAUGGAGCUGCUGUGCCGGGCCGGCCUGGACGUGGGGCUCCGCCUGCUGCCCAAGACGGACCUCCAGCAGCUUCUGCUCCUGCUCCUGGAGAACAUCCGAGAGUGGCCGGGGAAGCUCCGGCACCUGUGCUGCACCCUGAGCCGGGCAUCUGAUCACCACCACAACCUGCUGGCCCUCGUGCAGCUCUUCCUGGACGUGACCUCCCGGAGCAGGCAGCUUCGAAGCCAGCUCAGCCUCCUGAUCAUUGCCCGGUUGCUGGGCCGGCAAGAGACGCUCCCUCUCUGGCAGGAGAAGGCCCAGCUGUCCUCGCUCGGCCAGCUCUUGAGCCUCAUGCGGCCAUCAUUCCUGAAGCAGUACCUGGGCUCAGAGACCUUACCGCUCAGCCGGGAGAAACAGCCAAAGGCCAGUGCCCAGCUAGACCACAAGGUCUGCUACCUGUGCCACAGCCUCCUGACACUGGCCGGGGUGGUGGUCAGCUGCCGGCACAUUGCUCCAGACCAACGCGGAGAGCUGCAGCUGCUGUGCAUGCAGCUGGACCGUCACAUCAGCACCCAUAUCCGGGAGAGCCCCCAGGCCAUGCACUGGACCAAACUCAAGGACCUGGCAACCCAGACCUACAUCCGCUGGCAGGAGCUGCUGGCCCACUGCCAGCCCCAGGCCCAGCACUUCAGUGCCUGGAAAGCCGUCUAAUGGAGCAGGGCAGGGGUGGCCCAGCACUCCUGGCUCUUGGCAGGAAGUGAACAUGGCCCAGGGACCUGGAAGAGUCAAGAAUGGAGGCCAGAAGGCCAAUCAUCUAAGCAAGAGCCUGCUUCCCCUGCUGCCCGGAGCCCCACCGGGCAAGGGUCCCGCCUCUCGCUGCUGCCCACACACCUCCCAGUUCUCCUUCCCUUCCCAGCCAUCUCCUCUCCCCAAGGCCUUUGUCUCCAAAGCUCUGGUUUUCCUGGGCCUCCUGGGCCCUCUGGCCUCCGGCCUCCCCCCUCCUUCCCCUCUCUGUGUGUCACUAAUGUGAGGGUUCUUUGUGUACGCUAAAGUCUCAUCGCAGCAUCAGUGGUUUAGAAGAGUUUCUUCAACCCCUCACUGAGGGAUCCUGCCCAGUGUCCAGUUUCCUGACUUCUCUGCUUUCGCUUUGCAGAAUUCUCACCUUGGACAGUCACGUGACUGGGUCGUAGGCCCCACCCCCUGCAGCAGAGGGCUGUUUGUAAACCUAAACCUUCAGGAGAAGCAGUUAUUGCUGUGGCCUGAGGGCUGCCAGGAACCCAGGGAGCAGGGAUGGGGAACAUUUGUUUGGCCCAGUCUGGGACCACUCCCCGCUCUCCGCCCCCACUGGGGAAGGUCCACGGAGUGGGAUGGUGGAUCAGGUCUGUAAUUACACUUAAUUCAGUUUAUUGUUGAGCUCUGAGAUCAACUCCCGGACUUAGGAGUUGGGGGGACAAUGCCAAAAGGGAGUCCCCGUUACUGUCGUUGCUUUCCCUCCGCCUCACCCGGGAUCAGUUUUCUGGGCCCUGAUGCCUAAAGGAGUGCUGGAUGUCUUUGACCUCCCCCCACCCCCGAGGAGUGAGGGGGCUUUCAGUACCCCCAGGAGAUCCUCCGGUAUCACUUUCUCUCUCUGCCCACUCCUCCAACCCUGAGAAUCCAUUGCUAGUCUCUGGUCCCUCCUGACUCCUUCUGGGUUGGGCAGGGGUUUGCAGGGGCCACAAGAGGUGGACAGGAAGGAGGAGAGGAUGAGCCCUGCCUAGCUGAUCUGUGCCCACCCUUCGGCUCAGCCCUAGUGUCUGCCAGCGGGGCUUCACCCAGCUGGUACUUCUUACUCUUUCUGUUUCUUUGUCCCUCUGUUUUGUUCUUCUGUGCCGUGGGGGUCAGGGUAAGGCAGACUAACUACAGAGCGACUCCCUGAAAAUAAAGGACCUUCAGGCCAAGUGCCUCAAUUUGCAGA